CAUGCAGAUGCACACCACACAGCUGCACACACCAAACAAGCUACUAGCAGCUAGCUAGCUCAUUAAGCUUGGCACCUAUUCGACCAAUUAGUAUGGCUAGGCCUUCCUGCAGCAUUGGGGUGGGCGUGAUGGUGGUGCUGGUGCUGGUGGCGCUGGCCGGUGGGUCGUCGGCGCAGCUGUCGGCGAGCUUCUACUCAUACUCGUGCCCCGGAGUGUUGGACGUCGUGAAGGGCGGGAUGCAGUCCGCCAUCGCCCAGGAGAAGCGCAUAGGCGCCUCCAUCGUCCGCCUCUUCUUCCACGACUGCUUCGUCCAAGGGUGCGACGCAUCGCUGCUGCUGGAUGACACCCCAAGCUUCCAAGGCGAGAAGACGGCGACGCCCAACAACGGCUCCGUCAGAGGGUUCGAGGUCAUCGACGCCAUCAAGUCGGCGGUGGAGACCAUCUGCCCCGCCGUCGUCUCCUGCGCCGACAUCCUCGCCAUCGCGGCCAGGGACAGCGUCGCCAUCCUGGGUGGGCCGAGCUGGGACGUGAAGCUUGGGCGGAGGGACUCGCGCACGGCGAGCUUCAGCGGCGCCAACAACAACAUCCCGCCGCCCACGUCGGGCCUCGCCAACCUCACCUCCUUCUUCGCCGCGCAGGGCCUCUCCCAGACGGACAUGGUCGCCCUCUCCGGAUCUCACACCAUUGGGCAAGCACGCUGCACAAACUUCAGAGCCCACAUAUACAAUGAGACCAACAUUGAUGGUGGUUUUGCGAUGAUGAGGCAAUCAGGCUGCCCUAGCACCUCAGGCUCAGGUGACAGCAAUCUGGCGCCUCUGGAUUUUCAGACCCCAACCGUCUUCGAGAACAACUACUACAAGAAUCUCGUCGUCCAGAAGGGGCUUCUUCACUCUGAUCAGGAGCUCUUCAAUGGCGGAGCCACUGAUUCUCUGGUCCAGACAUAUAUUAGUAGCCAAAGCACAUUCUUUGCGGAUUUUGUGACGGGGAUGAUCAAGAUGGGGGACAUCUCGCCGUUGACGGGCUCGAAUGGGGAGAUCAGGACGAACUGCAGGAGGGUAAACUGAGUAGUAAUUAAGAGGCAGUAAAUGUUUCAAUGCAAAUGCACAUUGUGUUCUCGGAGAUAGAUAUGUUUGCAAAGCUUUAACUAUGUACCUUUCUUCAUGUGUUGGUGCAUCCAUACAUGUUGUUCGUUUAAAAUAAUGAAAGUAUGUGAUUUGUUUAAUGCA